AUGGACAGUUCACAGGAUUCAAGAGCCCUGGCCCACUGUUGGCACUGCUGCUCUCCCCUCCUCAAGCUGUUCCCCAGGGGCUUUGGAGCUGAAGCUAGGAUCCUCUUUACCCUCUCAGGACCCCUGUUUCUCUUCCAGGUGCUGACCUUCCUAAUCUAUGUGGUGAGCACGGUGUUUUGUGGGCACUUGGGCAAGGUGGAGCUAGCAUCCGUGACCCUUGCAGUGGCCUUUGUCAAUGUCUGUGGUGUUUCUGUGGGAUUCGGUUUGGCUUCAGCGUGUGACACCUUGAUGUCCCAGAGCAUUGGCAGCGAGAACAAAAAGCAUGUGGGCAUCAUCCUGCAGCGAGCCACCCUCAUUUUGCUUCUCUCCUGCUUUCCUUGCUGGGCGCUCUUCCUCAAUACUGAGCAGCUGCUGCUGCUUCUCCGGCAGGACCCUGUCGUGUCCAGGUUAACCCAGGACUAUGUGACGAUUUUCAUUCCAGCACUUCCUGCAAUAUUUCUGUACUGUCUGCUGGCAAAGUAUUUGCAAAAUCAGGGGAUCAUCUGGCCUGAAGUCCUCAGUGGCAUUGUGGGGAACUGUGUCAAUGGCUUGGCCAACUAUGCCCUGGUUUCUGUGCUGCACUUGGGAGUCAGGGGCUCUGCUUAUGCCAACACCAUUUCCCAGAUCAUGCAGACUCUCUUCCUCUUCCUCUACAUCAUCCUCAGGAAGCUGCACCUGGAUACAUGGGCAGGUUGGUCCAGGCAAUGUCUGCAGGACUGGGGCCCCUUCUUCUCUCUUGCUAUCCCCAGCAUGCUCAUGAUGUGCAUCGAGUGGUGGGCCUACGAGAUUGGGAGCUUCCUUAUGGGCCUACUCAGUGUGCUGGAUCUCUCUGCCCAGGCUGUCAUCUACGAGGUGGCCACUGUGACAUACAUGAUUCCCAUGGGGCUCAGCAUUGCCACCUGUGUCCGUGUGGGGAUGGCACUGGGAGCUGCAGAUACUGUGCAAGCAAAGCGGUCAGCCAUCACAGGGGUGAUCUGCACAGUUGGCAUUUCCUUGGCUGUGGCAACCCUGUUGAGCAUCCUGAAAAAUAAGCUGGGGCACGUUUUUACCAAUGAUGAAGAAGUUAUUGCCCGGGUGGAGCAGGUCUUGCCAGUUUACACUGUCUUUCAGCUUUUUGAAGCCAUCUGUUGUGUCUAUGGUGGUGUCCUGAGAGGCACUGGGCGUCAGGCCUUUGGAGCUAUUGUGAAUUUGAUCAUGUAUUACGUCCUUGGCCUCCCACUGGGCGCUGUUCUAACCUUUGUGGUUAGAAUGAGAAUUAUGGGCCUAUGGUUGGGCAUGUUGGUUUGUGUCCUCUUGGUAGCUGCUACCUUUGUUGCCUACACUGCCCAGAUUAACUGGACGUUAGCUGCAGAGGAGGCUCAGAAAAAUGCAGGCCUGCAGCAUCAGAGGGCAGAGCACGUGGUCCCCAGACCUGGGCCUGAGAAGGUGAUUGUAUCUUCAGUAUACAUGGGAAGCUCUCCUGGUAUUACCCUGACAAGUUAUUCAAGACCUGAGUGUCAAAUGGACCUCUUCAGGAUGCCAGAAACAACUCUUGGCUUUUCGGUUUCUUCCAGCACAUUGUCAGCAAGACAGCUGGCCAUCCGCCGUGGGGCAGUACUGGGGGCAGCAGUAGUCACACUGCUCCUGGGUCUUGCUGUCAGGGUCCUAACCACCAGGCACUAA